UGCUUUUAGAAAUACAAGCCAGUCAUAUACACCAAUGUCAGUUUCUGGAAGCUAUGGUGAAAGUCCAGCUGCUUCUGCUACUUCCAAAAUGAGAGUUGUUACUACUGCCAGCAUAAAGCCCUCUGUCUACCAGCCAGCACCGGCACCAGUUCAUUCCUACACCCCUGCCAACACUGAGCCUGCAAGUCGCCCUCCCUGGGUAACAGAUGACUCCUUUUCCCAGAAAUUUGCACCUGGAAAAACCACCACCACUGUAACAAAGCACAUCCUACCAAGGGGUCCUCCAGUACCAUCUCCUGCCUCAACUGCUGCUUACCCAUCUCCAGUUUCAACUUCUUCUCAGGCUCCUGCCCGAGGAACAGUUCAGAGGGCUGAGCGUUUUCCAGCCAGCAGCCGAACUCCUCUCUGUGGGCACUGUAACAGUAUAAUUCGGGGUCCUUUCCUGGUAGCCAUGGGUCGCUCUUGGCACCCAGAAGAAUUCAACUGUGCUUACUGCAAGACAUCCUUGGCUGAUAUGUGCUUUGUGGAAGAGCAGAAUAGUGUGUACUGUGAGCGCUGUUACGAACAGUUCUUUGCACCAACCUGUGCCAGAUGCCACACUAAGAUCAUGGGGGAAGUGAUGCAUGCCCUAAGACAGACUUGGCACACAAGUUGCUUUGUCUGUGCAGCUUGUAAGAUGCCGUUUGGGAAUAGCCUCUUUCACAUGGAGGACGGGGAACCUUACUGUGAGAAAGAUUAUAUUGCUUUGUUCAGCACAAAGUGCCAUGGCUGUGAUUUUCCUGUUGAAGCUGGAGAUAAAUUCAUCGAAGCUCUUGGACACACUUGGCAUGAUACCUGCUUCAUUUGUGCUGUAUGCCAUGUGAAUUUGGAAGGCCAGCCAUUCUACUCCAAGAAGGAUAAGCCACUGUGCAAGAAGCAUGCCCAUGCCAUCAAUGUUUAAAAGAAGAGUUGGUAGUCAAUUAAUGCUAAAAAACCCAGAUGGCUAACUGGGCAAUUAUAAAGUUGAUAACCAUGGCUAGCAUUUCUUUUGGUAAAAUCUAGGAAGUUGAUACUUCUGAAGUUUAACUUUAACCUCUUUUGUAAAAGCAGGACAUGCUUUUGGAAGGUUCCUACAAAAACCUACUGAAUGAACAAUCGAAACAAAUGAACCAGAGCAACAGUUGAGGAAAAAUAAUGAAAUUAACUAAAAACUGGAGUAUAAAAAGUAAUAUGCAAACACAGUUUCAAAGUAAUUACCCACAGCAGUUUUACUGCUUAGACCACACACUAGUGCUUAAGAACAACUGGGAAAGACCUUUUGUAAUGUCAUUUUCUUUCAUAAUAGGAAUGAGCAAGUGCCACAUGUACAAUAAUCUGUAGAAGCAAAGGCCAUAGGUUUCCAAGGGAAAUAAAUAGAUUAGGGUUUCCUCUAUGAAAAGUGGGUGCUAUUCCAUUAUGUUGUGGUGCCACCUCAUAGUAUCAGAUAUUUUAGAUUCUUUACAAAUAUGAAUUCUGCCUUGAAAUUCAUAUGUAGUUGGGAAGCAUAGGAGACAAACCGUCACUUAGACUGAAAAUAAAGUGGAAACAGAAUAAUGCCUUCCAUAGCCCAUUAAGACUGAGAACAGCAUGUUGGGUCAAUCUUACUAGCACUUGGCUUGUACAAUAGAUUAGUUCAUUUUCAAAUUCUCAUAGAAAAGGACAGCUGGCUUUCUCCAAAUUACUUCUACACUGAAUGGAAUAGAACUGGCUGGAAAGGCCAGCUUUUCAUUCAAAACCAGUUCUCCUUUCCUGUUGUGGAAAAAAAUACUCAAAGUUGCUUUGGUUUCUAAUUCCCAUUGAUACCUGUGGGAGGUAGGAAUCUAUGUAUGGACCUUCACGUUGAUGAACACAGAAGACACACAUCCAUCUAGCACAGCUAGGAAGUGGGAGAUAGCUCACAAAAAUUCCCUACUGUAUCCCACAUAGUUAGGAAAAGGGCAUCUUUUUUUUUUUUUAUUAUUUUUUUUUUCCCUUAUAGUAAAUUAAUGCUAAUAAAAAAUUCCUAAGGGAGCAUAAUAGGCGCACACUCUUCAUCACUUUUACUAGUUUAAAUGUGACACAUCCUGAAUUGUAGUAGUUAUUUGCCACUGUAAAACAGUAGAUAGGGUCUGACAAUGAGGAUAACCAUAGAGUCAUCUUUUCUAAUACUUUAAGAACAACUUUGAAGUUGUCCGAACAGUUAUUUAUAUUUUUAUUUUUUUUCUUUUUGGCUAAAGAGCAAUACUUGUACUACUGAGAAUACUUUUGAAUUUUGAAUUCUAAAUAUCAAUGACUUUUGUAUUGGAGACAGCAGUUCUGUCUGAUAGAAAACAGAGUUAAAAUGGAAAGGCUGAUCACUACUCAAGUUUUAUUAAUUUGUUUAAGUGAGAAUUAUGAUGCGUGUAUUGACAGCUUGCAGCAUUUUGAAUUAGUAUUUCUGAGGCUGAGGAUGCCUUCUAUGGGCCACAUUCUGGUGCCAUCUACACCCUGUUUUACUUUUUCUGAGUAACAAGAAAUUGCAUAGCAUUGUCUGCCUUUUCCCUCCUAUGAGUAAUGCCCAUUUUAAGGAAGUGGCUGUGUCUUUUCAGGGAUGAAGAACUAUCCAAAGCUUGGGGGCAGAAUAAAAGAAAUUUGGAGCUCUGAGAGUUAUGUUAGGUGUAAGCAGUCUGCAUCUUGGACAAAAAUAACAACCUGAACAGCCUGUGGCAGUUUUGAUAUGUACGACCUGUAUUUAUUCAGUGGGUAUCUUGGUAUCUUAGUUCUCACUGAUCUUAGCAGUGAUCUGAUCUGAGUGCUACAGGGUGAGAUUUUUGUAUGCAUGAAUUAUUCUAAAACACUAGUACAUUAUAUGCAAAGCCUUUUUUUAAUAUAGCAAGCAAAUUUUCUGUUUUCAGUUGGUGCUGGGCUGGUGUGAAUAUGGUUCCAUUGAUUACAAAAUCCAAAGGUCUGGCUCAUAAUAUUCUCUAGAGGAAUAAAUUGUAAUCAUGGAAGUUAGCUAUUUUUUCCCUCAUAUUUGACUUCAUUGAGUACCUUUUCAUAACAGUGAGACAAUUCUAGAUUUCCUUUUAAUUUUUGGAUGUAAUUCAACAAAAUGCUGUUUAUUAUUCUCUGUUAUGUAAGAAAAUUCAUAUCAGCAUAUUGUAUAUUAAGACUGCAUUGAAGAUUUCUGUGUUACCCACUGACUAGGACUAGUCUCUGACUAUCAACAUCAAACAGGGAGUCAGGCUCCUUGGGAAGACACAAAAUGCUAGGGCUUGUGAUGCCUCAGAAUUUCAUGUGUGAAAUUUCAUUAAUUUUAAUCUGCAUGUGUGUAUAUUUAUGUGUGUCACCCUCCACCUUCCCCCUCAAUGUCUUAGAAGCUCCCUCUUCACUGGUGGCAUAAAGGACAGAGCAUUUUAGGAGAUGGCCAGAAAUAAGAGGGCUGCAGCUUAGGCAGGGGUACAGUCUGUGAAGAGAUGGUGGUAGGCAGCCCAGCUGGGGCUGUCUCCUCUUCACAUUCACAGGGGAGCCCAGGUUGCCAGCUGAAGUGGCCCAGGUCAGCCUGCGAGCUGCUGCAGUGGACAGGGGUGUGGGAGGCAGGGGUCUUACUGUGGGCAGGGGAAGCAGGGCUUGGAUCAGAGAAGGGAGAGCACCUGUGGCAGCCAGAAUGUAGGGGCUCUGAGGGCCUCUGGUUGAGUGUGAAAAGAUGACACGCUGAGGAGACUGGAAGCCUUUAGUGAAGCUGGUGUCAGAGGAGGGGGAAUAGCUAGGUAAAGCCAGUUUCACUAAGUUGACAUGUUAGAUAGUUGGGGUGGGGCAAAGGGGUUUAGGGGGUAAUAGCCAGGGUGACUCACUGCAGUCAGGGAAAGGGCUCAAAGCAAGAAAUUAGGGCUUGUAAGUAAGUAUAGUAAACUUACAAGCUUACAGCCCAGAGAGAUAGUAUGAAUAUGUAUAGAAGGGGUGAGCAAGGGAGAUACAGGAUCCAAUCUAGUAAAUUUGAAGUCAGUACAGCAGAAAGGUGAAUGCAAUGUCUGUAAGCAUAGCUGAGCUAGUUUGCAGAGUGGCAACAGUGAAAAUGCAGCAGCACUGACUUCAAUGGGAGCCGUACUAGCUUGAGAGAGUCCUGAAAAUUUCCUUGGGCAGAUAACCUGCAUUGUAAUACAUGCCCUGACUCCAGCUGGUGUCUGAGCAAGUGAGAUUAAAGCUAGUUUACAUAUCGCUAUAUGAGGUACACUGGUAUCUCUGAAUGAAGAACAGAGAUACCCUGAGGAUUAUCAUGUAAUAAAUUUCCUGUUUUGACUUGUGCUGCUUCAUAAUGUGGUCCAAAAAUAGGGAAUCCACUUACCUGCCCUUGAUAUCUCUAUUCAGUAUAAUUUUUGCACAUAUCUGAACCAGAAAUUUGUGAAGAAUAAUGGAGUAUUUUGACUUUCACAGGGAUAGAAUACCACAUAACUGCUGACACUCUUUUGCCACAUGUCACCUUCGUGAUACGGAGGGGGAAAGAUGCAUAGAUAUAUAUAAUUCAGAAUAGGGCCUUUCAACUAUCACUGAACAUACACUCUGUAAAAAAAUAUGCACGAUGAAUAAUGUGUACUUGUUUAUGUUUUAAGUCUUGUAAUAGAUGCCGGGGACAAGUUCUAAGUUCCUCUAAAUAUUUCUUUUCAUUCAAAUUAAGGUCAGGUUUUACAUAAUAAAACAAAGAUACUGUACCCCUGAAUGAUCAAAUAAAAAGACCAGUCUUUUAUCUAAUUAAAAAGUGUUCAAGAACUUUUCAGUCAAAUGCUGUAAAAAUGGUCUUAAUGCUUUUUCUUUUCUUGUUCUUUUUGCAGAAGAGAGUAAAUUAAAUGUUUCCAAAGACGACUGCUUUUAUUGCCUAGAA